GCUGGUUGGACGCUCCGUGGUCACACCGAAAGUUCAGCUUCAGAGUUUUUUUCCGCCGCGUGCUACGUCGGUGAGCGCUGUCAUAACCCCACUCGGGUAAAUGUUGCUUCUCAGGGGGCUCAUCAACCAUGGAGUUACUGGUUCGGUAUCUGAACAGGAACAACUCUAUUGGCUCUGACAUGUCUCUAGAUCUUAUCAAGGAAGAGAGCCUGAGAGAUGACCUGAGGUACUACUUCAUGAGCCCCUGUGAGAAGUACAGGACCCGUCGACACAUACCCUGGAAAAUGGGAGUCCAGAUUCUGAAGAUUGUCAUGAUCACUACACAACUCAUUCUGUUCGGCCUCAACAACCAGCUGGUGGUUGCUUACAAGGAGGAAACUACUAUGGCCCUGAAAAACCUUUUCCUGAAAGGCUACUCUGGGGUGGAUGAGGAUGACUACAGUGUUGCUGUCUACACACAGCAACACGUCUUCAACAGCCUUUUUUACGUCCUCGAUCAGUACAGCCAGUUGGAUCAGCUCUCUGUUGGCCCGAUCAGUUACGCAGAGGACGAAGAUGGGACGCUGCUGCCUCUCACCAUCUGUAAAAAGUGCUACAAAAGAGGCAGCCUGGAGCCUUCAGAUGAGACCUAUGAUAUUGAUGCCCACCUAGAAACAGUCUGUUUGUCACACGAGCCAAGGACUGCAAACAUGUCAAAAACCCAAAAUGCAUCAUUUUUCGAUUUGGACUUUUACAGACUUAUUGACAUCAAAAUAACUUUCCAGCUGAAGGGAAUCAACCUUCAGACGGUUCGACACCGGGAGCUGCCCGACUGCUAUUCUUUCUUCGUUACGAUUACAUUUGAUAACCAGUGUCAUAGUGGGAAGGUAAAGUUAUUCCUGGAUAUAGAUUCUGAAAGCAACGCAUGCAAAGACUGGAAGAUUUCUGGAACAGCUCAGAAGAACACGCACUAUCUACUGGUGUUCGAUGGCUUCGUCAUCCUGGUUUGCAUAACAUCAGCCGCGUUAUGCACACGCUCCAUCAUACUGGCUGCCAGGUUACUCCAGAGAUUUUCGCGAUUCUUUCAAGAAAACUUCAACCGUAAAGUGUGUGAGGAUGACCAGAGCGAGUUCCUGAAUGGCUGGUAUGUGUUGGUCAUCGUCAGCGACCUGCUGGCAAUAAUUGGCUCCAUACUGAAAAUGGAAAUUCAAGCAAAGAGUCUGACAAGUUAUGAUGUGUGCAGCAUCUUCCUGGGAACCUCUACGUUAUUGGUAUGGGUCGGUGUGAUCAGGUACCUGGGAUACUUCCAGAAAUAUAAUGUCCUGAUUUUAACCAUGAAAGCAGCCUUCCCUAAAGUUCUUCGUUUCUGCUGCUGCGCUGGCAUGAUCUACCUCGGAUACACGUUCUGCGGGUGGAUUGUACUCGGACCGUACCAUGAGAAGUUUGAGGGCCUGAGUCGGGUUGCAGAGUGCCUGUUCUCUCUGCUGAACGGCGACGACAUGUUUACCACCUUUGCCCAGCUGAAGGACAAAAAUACACUGGUGUGGCUCUUCAGUCGGGCUUACCUCUACUCCUUCAUCUCCCUCUUCAUCUACAUGGUGCUGUCCCUUUUCAUCGCCCUCAUCACCGACUCUUAUGAGACCAUCAAGAACUACCAGAGAGACGGGUUCCCGCUGACUGAUUUGCAGAAAUUCCUUCUGGGACAUAAAGAUUUUCCUGUGCAAGAGGAAAAUGGCCAGACAGAAGUUGAGCUCAGUAACUCUAUACACCGCUCCUGCUGCUGCCAACGGGUGGCACCACCUGAUGAUGUCAUACUAAUUACCUGAAGGCUGUCCCACUUCCAGGUGACUUGCUCCAGGGAGAUUCCUGAAACCAGGGCCUUCCUUCUCAGAAAUGGUCUUGGAUCUCAAACUUGCCUGCUCAAAAAAGAAAAGAAAAACUGAAAUCCAGGCCUAGUUACAUGAGCAAAUAUCCUAUUUAAUGUAAUAUGAAACCUCAAACUGGACUUUGAAGUGAAACUAGGAGGAAUUGUUUAAUGUGAUACCAGAUUGCAAGGUAUGGUGGAAAAGUUUACUGGGCCUUUUUUAACGUCUGCAUAUGCAUUUUGAGGCUGAAGAACUGAACAUGUGCAUUGCAGAAAUAGUAAUUUCAGAUGUAAUUUAUUUGACAAAUGUAAAUUUUGCAAUAAAAAAAUAUUUGUCUGUU